CGGCCAGAGUAGGUCAAAUGUCGCUUCACCCAGAAUUCUGCUCUCAAGGCCUCGGACAUUUGCCAAUGCUAUGGCCUAGCAUGAUCGAGUUGUCCUAAGAUCUUUGCCUUAUCAAGGCAAGGUCGGCUACACACUAACGACCGAUGCUCGGCCAAGCAUUUCUUUCCUGUGGAGUUCCGGGGAACCAACCGAAGCCGUUCAGGCUCGCAGGAAAUCAAUGUCGUCCAUUCCGGUUUUCUGUUGUUGUGACUUUUCUCUUUGAUUUUCUUGACUCAUCACUUCUGUUGCCAUUGCAUUGACGUCGCAAAGUGUUUCGGUGCUCUUCGAGAUCGGACAAUUGAGCAGACUGAAAAUUCUAUCCAUAUUCUGGAAGAUCAUUCUUGUUCUCCUAAUCUUGUUGUUGGAAAGGUUAUCCGCAGACCCAUUGCCACAUUAAAUGUGAUGUUAUUGUUAUGAAAUCUAUCUACUCAAUUGAAAAUAACUAUUAUCUCAAAACCUGAUGUCAGCAACCAAGGAUGAGGGCAGUCAACGUGCUGGGAGCGACCGCUCUCAGACCAUCCGGGAAGGCAGUGUAGUGUCCUCACAUGACGGCACGGAAGAUUCUUCCAGUCACGAACGCAUCGAUGUUAAUGACUUGGAAAGGUAUUCAACACAUCAGUCCAUGGGACCAGAUGCACCGAUAGAGACACAGAGCUCCGUGGUAGAAAUUCCAGAUGAGGUGUACGACAGGUUGCCAGCCCACCGGAAAAGAAUCGUUGUCGCUCUUAUGUCGUUUUGCUCCUUUUUGGCUCCUAUUUCCAGUACCUCGGUUCUCGCCGCUAGUCCUGAAGUCGCCAAGGAAUAUGGAACGACGGGGUCUAUCAUCAAUGUGUCCAAUGCGAUGUACAUGUUGGUGAUGGGUCUAUCACCGAUGAUAUGGGGAGCGUUGAGUCAGGUUUAUGGCAGACGAUGGGUUACCAUCGUGACGGCCGUAGCGUUUCUUGCCUGCUCGAUCGGCACAGCUCUCGCGCCUAAUCUGGCAGCCUUCUUUGUGUUUCGUAUUCUCAGUGCCUUUGAAGGAACAUCAUUCAUUCUUGUCGGCUCAGCCGUGAUAGCUGACAUGUAUCGCCCGACUGAGCGUGCUACGGCCCUUGGCUGGUUCCUGUCCGGUACCCUUAUUGGUCCUGCUUUUGGGCCUUUCAUCGGUGGCAUUAUCGUCACAUAUACCACUUGGCGAGUGAUAUUUUGGCUGCAGACAGGCUUGGCAGCCAUAGCCGCUGUGGGCACCUUCUUCCUUCUGCCUGAGACUAUCUACCACAAGCGCAUCGACGAUCUGGUCGGCUUCUCUGGCAGCGAGAAGGCGAAGACCCUCUGUUCAAUGAUCAACCCAUGGCGCGUGAUCCGACUCUAUGAGUAUCCUAACCUCCUGCUUGCAGGUCUCGCCAGCUCCGCCCUCCUCUGGAACAUGUACAGCAUUCUCGCUGCUAUUCGCUACGUGCUUAACCCGCGCUUCGACCUCACUACACCACUCCAAGGUGGCCUGUUCUAUCUUGCCCCAGGUGUGGGCUAUCUACUCGGCACCUUCUUUGGCGGCCGCUACGCCGACAUGGUUGUCAAGAAAUACAUCAAGAAGCGCGGCGUCCGCAUUCCCGAAGACCGACUGUGGUCAUCGCUUCCUUUCAUGGGGUUUAUCGCUGUUUGCAUGUUGAUCUACGGCUGGACGAUCGAGUACGACAAGGGCGGGAUCCCGCUCGCCGUCGUGAUCUUGUUCUUGCAAGGUUUCGCACAGUUGUUCUGCUUCCCGAGUCUGAACACGUACUGCCUGGACGUCAUGCCGGGCCGCUCGGGCGAGGUCAUCGCGGGAAACUAUGUCAUGCGAUACCUAUUCGCCUGCGCAUCAACAGGCGCUGUGUUGCCGGCUAUCAAUACCAUGGGUGUAGGAUGGUUUAGCACGAUCUCGAGUCUAUUCAUGGCUGUUGGGUGCAUAUGCAUCGUGGCGACCAUAUUGUGGGGCCGCAAGUGGAGGGAGAGUAUUGAUGGUAAGAAGAAGGCCACAAGGCUGAGGGAGAAGGAGGCAGCGAGGCAGCAGCUGGAGACGGAGAUUGCUAGGGUUGGAGCUGGGAGCGUGCAGGAGGCGCAAGCAGAGACGAAGGCAGCAUGGCAGUUGGUUGCGCCCGAGUCACGGGCUAGAAAGAUUGAAGUUUGAAGGGAUCAUGGAAGCGCUUAGACUUCUGUCACAGAGGCAAGCCGUGCAAUGGAAAGCUAAAUCCAGACAGAGUGCAGUGAGCAACCACGUCGAUACCUUGAAGAUAACUUAAAAACUUGUGGAUAGAAACUAAAUCACUGACGUCCUGAGUCUGUUGCUCGACGGUGCAGAAGCCUUAGUAGAUUAUCUUGAACACUAACAAUGAG